UUGUAGUCUUUGACAUUAGUGUAUUAUCUUUGAUAUCAACUUUCAAACUAAAAAAAAUUAUCGAUAAUAUUCAAUAUUGAUUACUAAAUAAUAUUUUUAUCUGAUUAGAAUAUCAGAAAUUUGAGACACAAUAACUAUGGUUUAAUAUUACAAGUACAUUGUUAUUCUAAUCAAAUACGUCUUACUAGAAAUUAUCAUCCACAGGCAUUAAACUAGAAAAAAAGUCCUUGUAUUUUUCCGGAUAAGAAAUAUAAGUCCAGGUUCUUUGUUAAUCAUGAUGCAGUGAGGUCAUUCAUUUGUUUUAAUUCUCCAUUUUGGUAAGUUUUAUAAUGGCAAGAUAUUUUGAAAACACAACUGUUUUCAACUUUAGUUGGGAUCAAGUUGCACUAGGAUAUUGGAGGAGAUAUCCUAAUCCACAAAGCUCACAUGUUCUAUCUGAAGAUACUUGGAGUAGAUAUGUUAAGGAUGGAUGUCUGUACACUAAAAGAUUGUUAACCAAAACUAAUAGAGUGCCAAAAUGGGGAGAAAGAUUUUUUAAUGCAAAAUCUGUGAAAAUUAUUGAGGAGAGUAUUGUAGAUCCUGAAAAGAAAGUUCUCAUCACAUACACCAGAAAUCUAGGCUAUACCAAAGUUAUGAGUGUGGUUGAAAGGGUGGAAUACAGGCCAUCAGGUGCUUCUCAAACAGUGGCACUUAGGUCUGCAUGGGUUGACUCACAAGUAUUUGGGUUCUCUCGUGCAAUACGAGCAUUUGGAGUUGACCGUUUCCGCAAGAAUGCGUCACACAUGGUGAAUGGUUUCAACUAUGUACUAAGCAAUAUGUUUCCGCGUCAAGUACCACAACACACAGUGACCCAUACACUUAAAGAAAUGCGUGAAGCAGCUGCAGCAGCAACUGACCGAGCUAAAGCAAACGUUUUGUCCUCUGUUAAUAGAACAUAACAGGAUUAGUGCCGUGAGGCUAUAUUGGAGUACAAAUGACUUGAUAGAAAUGAAUUUGAAGUUAUGAUUUACUUAGUGUUAUAAAUCUACAUGUCAUACAAUUAUAUAUAUAGAAUAUACUAAAAUAUUGAAUAUAACAUUGAAAAAAUAUUUAAAACUUAACUAUGUAUAUCAUACUAAUGCAGCCUAAUCUUAUCUAUUUAAAGAAACGGUAAUAUUCUCAAAAUAAAACAUACAUUGCUCAUAUGUUUAAUUCAGAGAAAAAUUAUUAGAUAAGUAGGUAAUAAAAGUGAAUGCAUGUGAAGAUUUUUUGAAAAUCAUAAAGUUUAUUAUUUUUUACAAACUAAGGUGCCAUCUGGAGGAUUAACCUCACAUAAACAUUAUAGUAGGCACUCUUAUGUUCCUCCAAAACAUGGGCCUUUGGUUUUUUAAUAAUAUAAUUUAGUAUAAAUUUGUAAAGUGAAGAUAGAUAACAUUAUAUAGUUAUGGAUUUAACAAUGUUUAAUACAUCUGUCAAUCAAGAUAUGACAAUUUAUCCUAAAUCCUAUAAUAUAAAAGAUUAUGAUUAGUAAUAGUUGUAGUUGCCUUAUCAUUCUAUUUGUGUAAAUAUGUGUAAAAAUGGAGUUUAUUAUUUAGCAUAGGAGUAACAAAAUGCUUGAAAAUCGAUGCUUUUAUUGAAAGAUAAUAAUUGAUACUAAGUAUUUACGUUUUCUUAUAAAUUGAUUUUUUCCAUUAGGUUGGAAAAAUAAUUUGUUUGUAAAUACAUAGCUGAAAUUCUCACUGCCUCAAGCAAUUGAUAUUUGUAAGUGUUGAAUAUAUUUUAACAACAUUCCAUCAGAUAAGUAGUAAACAAAUUUUUUUCAAAAAUUUGUAAGUGUUAUGUUAAAAAAACCAGGUCUAAUUUAUUUUUGAAUUAUAUUCAAUGCAUUUAAAUUGUUUAUAUUUGUCAUUAAUUUAAAUGAUAUCAUGUUCACAAUUAAACAAAUUUUAUAUUGAAUACAAAAGCAUUGAAUAUUAAUAAAUAAUAAGCAAGCAUUUUCCUGUUUUGUAGUAUGUAGUUAUAUAAAUAUCAAAAACCAAACUGCUGCAUCCUUAGUGGUAACAGGUAAUUUUUUAAAUUACUUGUAAGAAUUAAAUCAACAAAAUAUUAUAAUCAAAUAUAUGAGCUAAAAGUCA